GUAGUUUUGACAUGAACUGAUCUUCGUACUCCGCGUGACCCAAAUAAUAUAAACAUUGACAUCACGUCAAUCGUCAUCAUCAGUUAGAGCGCCUGUGAGGGUAUCCAACCAUGCGAACUCAUUGGGGAGAUUGCAAGGUUUGGGCCGACUAUGGCCUUCCCAUGUCUACCACCAGCAAUGAGGCCUGCAAGUUAUUCGACGCUUCACUAACACAGUCAUGUGGAAUGUAUAACGAGCCAUCAGUGGGUGGAAUUGAGAACAGCAUGAAACAAAUGCUGGCGAGUGAUCCAGAUUUUGUCAUGGGUCACGUGCUAAACAAUAAUUUGCAGCUGGGAGGAUCGGAGAAACCACUUCACUUAAACCCAGAGUUACAGGCGAAAAUCACCCAUUUGAAUUCAUUGAAAGAAAAAGUGCAAUCUAUCACAGAAAGAGAAAGGAGACACAUAGAUGCAACUAAUCUAUUUGCUCAAGGGAGGCGAUACGAAGCUAUCCAGACCUGGGAGGAUAUCCUGAUCGACUAUCCCACAGACAUGAUGGCCGUGCGGCAGGCCUUUCUAGGAAUGAUUAACAUGGGCCUAGCCCAGGAAAACAAGGACAUCCUGACGAGGAUAUUGCCGUACUAUGACGUCAAUACACCUGGAUACAGCACAGUGUUGGGAUGGCAAGCAUUUUGUUUGGAAGAAAACAAUCUCUACGAUCUCGCAGAGAAGACAGCUAGAAAGAGUCUGGAAUUGGAACGUUGUGAAACAUACGCCUCUCACACGCUCGCGCACGUGUAUCUGAUGCAAGGCAUGCACGACAAGGGGAUCGAGUUUAUGCUGUCCACAGAGAACGAUUGGAAUAAAUGUGCAUUUCUUGCGUGUCAUAACUACUGGCAUGUCGGACUAUUUCACGCAGAAAAGGGAGAUUUUGAUUCUGCAUUGGAAAUAUUUGACACACAGGUAGGAGUUAGAACACAAAAAUCCAAGAGCGAUUUCAAUUUCACGGAUGCGUCCCAUUUGCUCUACAGACUAAGACUGGAAGGAGUGAACGUUGGACAGAGGUGGUCAGUGCUGAAUGAGACGAGCGAUACCUACAUGUUUCAGCAUGGCAUCAUGUUCACCGAAGCCCAUCUCUUUUUAAAAAACGCUUGUGGUGACGAUAAGAGUGUAAGGGAAAAACAACUCCAGUCAUUGAAAGAAUACAUAAAGGAUAGUGGAACAUGGGACAACAAAAGUAUUGCAAAAGAAGUAGGCAUUCCAUUGUGUGAAGGAAUAUUGGCCUUUGAGAAUGGUGAAUACCAACGAGCUGUAGAAAUCCUGUAUCCUCUACGUUACAACGUUAUCAAAAUAGGCGGAAGCAAUGCCCAAAGAGAUGUGUUCAACCAGAUUCUGAUAAACGCCACCUUGAAGUCAACUGAUCCUAAACAUCAUAAAUUAGGAAGGAUGCUACUAAGCGAACGCCAAGUUGCCAAGAUGAGCGACAGCUGGACAGAGAGGAUGAUGGCUAAAUUGUAGCUGAACACGGAUGAUAAAUUUUACUUAAGAUUAAAAUAUUGACUGCUAUAAAUACCAAUGGAGUAACAUUUGUUGAGACUGAGUACUUGUUACAGUAAUGAAUACUCAGUCUCAACAAAUUCAAAAACUUAUGACACGCAUGAUCAAAAGCUAGAGUACGAAAUGAAUUCCGGUGUACUACUUAAUUUUGGUAAGAAAUUAAAAAAAAACAAAACUUCAAAUCAAUCACAAAUUGACUUAAAAUGGUAUUCAUGACCAUGAAAAUACAUGUUAUUACAUCUAAAUAAGAAUACGUUAACUUUACAGAAGUUUUGGCACAUGCUAGAUAAUUCUCCCUAACCUUUUUUACACUCUUUUGAUGUUUUUCUUUUUAAUGAAAAAAAAAUGUAUCAAGCAAUACAUUCGCUGUUUAACAUAUUUGUUUGUGGUUUGUUCGUCAACACAAUGCUUUAAUGAGA